CGGCCGGCCGGAGCCCCACGGACAUGGGACAGGCAGCUAGUACCUUGCCUCCGCCGGAGAUCCUGGCGAACCUGGGUCCGGGCCCUGGCCAAGUCCGUGCCGCCGCCCAGGGUGAUCUCCGCUCUGUCCAUGAGGCUGAGCUUCUCCACCUCCGCCUGUCGACACAGGCCAGCAGGGGAGGACCUCAUCUGGAAGGCACAGACCGUGCCUCCCUGCUCGACCACACUGGCACACGAGACCGAUUGGGGUCGGGAGCUGCAGGUUGUUGUUGGUGACGCCGGGACAAGGGGACGCGGCCAGGCACGGGGCCCAGAGCCUGAGUGCAGGAGCCAGACCCGGACGGAGGCGGCCCUCCCGCCGCUCCACCUCGCCCUGGGCCGCGGUCGGUGCAGGACCCUCCUGUGCUUGCCAGUGUGCGCCCCUGGGUCGGAGGCCUAGGCAGGAGCCGCACCGAGCCUUUCUUGCUUGCUGAACCUUGCAGGCGAUUGGCCAGCAUCGGAGCUGGGCCCUACCCUGAUUUAGGGCAGGAACUGGGAAUGGACCUGGGCCCUGUCUGGUGCCCAUUUCACCCAGGAUUUGCCCAGCCCUUGGAGGGUGCCUCUGCCAGGCGUUUGACUUGGGACGGUUCUCACUGACCUCCAUCCCUGGGGAGGGACCCAAGGCUGGCUGUCCCUGCAGGCAGCGGGUAACCUCCGCUCCCCUCCCCAGGGCGCCUGGCGGAGGCCCCUCCCGAGGCAACGCUGCCAAUGCUGACCCCUCCAGCCCUGCGGCCGCCGAUGCCAUGAGUAACACCACAGUGCCCAGUGCCCCCCGGGCCAACAGCGACUCCAUGGUGGGCUAUGUGUUGGGGCCCUUCUUCCUCAUCACCCUGGUCGGGGUGGUGGUGGCUGUGGUCAUGUAUGUCCAGAAGAGAAAGCGGUGAGUGUCCCUGCCGCAUGCGAGGGGAAUGUGACGCCCCUCAGCGUUCACCUUACUUUGCCUUGCCCCGCCUCAACCAGGGAGAGGCCCUCCGUCCGCCCUUUCCCUGCCUGGGGCAGGGGAGGCCAGGCGGUCAGGUGCCUGACGCCCCCGCCCCGUCCCCCAGGGUGGACAGGCUGCGCCAUCACCUGCUUCCCAUGUACAGCUACGACCCGGCAGAGGAGCUGCACGAGGCUGAGCAGGAGCUUCUCUCGGACGUGGGAGACCCCAAGGUGGUGCAUGGCUGGCAGAGUGGCUACCAGCACAAGCGGAUGCCCUUGCUGGACGUCAAGACGUGAUCCAGGCCUCUGGGCUUGACUGCCAGAGGAUCCCUCAGCCGCUUCCCUCCCACUGCACCACCACCCUGCACCCGCAGCCUCCUUUCAAGGUGGGGGAGACAGCUCAGCUCCGCCCUCCCUUCUCCAGGGCUUUCAGCUGUUUCCAUGGUGAUGGUGCCCAGAUGUAUAGUAUUCAGAAUAUAGUAUUUUGUAAAU